CCUCCCCCGUCGCCUCGCUGCUGAGAGACAAGAUGGCGACGAAGGGGGUCGGGCGAUUGGUGAACGGGGCCAUGGGCGAUAUCACGGGCUCGGGGGGCCGAGAACACGCCCAGGCGGUCAGCAGGGACUACAUGUCGCAGCCGCGGCUGACUUACAAGACUGUAUCUGGUGUUAAUGGGCCCUUGGUAAUCCUGGACCAAGUGAAGUUUCCCAGAUAUGCUGAGAUCGUGCACUUGACGCUGCCAGAUGGCACCAAACGUAGCGGACAGGUCCUGGAAGUGAGUGGCUCGAAGGCAGUGGUUCAGGUGUUCGAAGGAACCUCUGGUAUUGAUGCGAAGAAAACAAGCUGUGAGUUCACUGGAGACAUUCUGCGCACUCCAGUAUCUGAAGAUAUGCUUGGUCGUGUGUUCAAUGGAUCUGGAAAGCCAAUUGACAGAGGUCCCACUGUGCUUGCUGAGGACUACUUGGACAUUAUGGGUCAGCCUAUAAAUCCUCAAUGUCGUAUUUAUCCUGAGGAGAUGAUUCAGACUGGGAUAUCUGCGAUUGACGGCAUGAAUAGUAUUGCACGAGGACAGAAAAUACCCAUUUUCUCAGCAGCUGGUUUACCACACAAUGAGAUUGCUGCCCAGAUUUGUCGUCAAGCUGGUCUCGUAAGAAAAAGCAAAGAUGUUAUGGAUUAUAGUGAAGAGAACUUUGCCAUUGUCUUUGCUGCAAUGGGUGUAAACAUGGAGACUGCCAGAUUCUUCAAGUCGGACUUUGAGGAGAAUGGGUCAAUGGACAAUGUGUGUCUGUUCCUAAAUCUAGCCAAUGAUCCAACCAUUGAGCGUAUUAUCACUCCUCGCCUUGCACUGACGACAGCUGAGUUCCUUGCCUACCAGUGUGAAAAGCAUGUGUUGGUUAUUCUCACCGAUAUGAGCUCAUAUGCAGAGGCACUCAGAGAGGUCUCAGCAGCUCGAGAGGAAGUGCCCGGUCGUCGUGGUUUCCCUGGAUAUAUGUAUACCGAUUUGGCCACCAUUUAUGAGAGAGCUGGGCGUGUGGAGGGCAGGAAUGGUUCCAUCACACAGAUCCCCAUCCUCACCAUGCCUAAUGAUGAUAUCACUCAUCCCAUCCCUGACUUAACUGGCUACAUCACUGAAGGACAGAUCUAUGUUGAUCGACAAUUGCACAAUCGACAGAUAUACCCUCCAAUUAAUGUGCUACCUUCACUGUCAAGAUUGAUGAAGUCAGCGAUAGGAGAGGGUAUGACACGCAAGGAUCAUGCAGAUGUCUCUAACCAGCUGUACGCAUGCUAUGCUAUAGGUAAGGAUGUCCAGGCUAUGAAAGCUGUGGUUGGGGAGGAAGCUUUGACUGCUGAUGACUUGCUGUUCCUGGAAUUCCUGCAGAAAUUUGAAAAGAAUUUCAUUGCUCAGGGAGCUUAUGAAAACCGCACUGUAUAUGAGACCCUGGACAUCGGCUGGCAGUUGUUGCGAAUCUUCCCCAAGGAGAUGCUAAAACGAAUCCCACAGAGCAUCCUGGCAGAGUUCUACCCAAGAGACUCUGGUGCAAAGCAUUAACUUUCAGUGCAGCAUUCAUGUAUUCUUUAUUUUGUCACGUGACCUAUUCAUUUCCUGUGGUGUUUUAACUCUUGAAAAUUCUGGUAUUUGAACAAAGCAAGCAUUUGUGAUUUUGCUUGUGAUUAUUUUGAGAUCUUGCAUCCUGAGUUGGAUUUGGAGCAUCUGUUUUAUCAGAGUCUGCUGGUAAUGCUGGCCUCUGAGCAAGACUGCCUUGCGUCUUGGUCACAACCAUGGGUUUGUGAAUAUUUCAGAGAGGCUCACUAAUGAAUGGUUGAUUUGUUGCCGUUGUGUUUUCAAGUAUGGUAAAGAUGCUGAGCUGGUUGUCUACCUGUCAUCGGCAACUCAUGACUAUUAAUUGAUAAUUCAUAUGUAUCUUCCACUUAGUAAUGUGUUAAUUAAAGAUCCCAGUUGAUGAUAAUAUUCAGUAAACAACAGAAGCAAUUAAAACAUUUAUUUUGCAACGUCACAUUCUCACAUGAAAAGUUUGAUUUCUUUGCAAUGGUGCAAAGACUUGCUGUCAUGUAAGUGUAUCUUCUAGCACAGAAGAAGCAGCUGCUGAAUUCAUACAGGAGGUCUUUUGGGAGUUGAUCUAUUUUUCUGAAUUUGAAUCGAACAAGAUUUGUGGAAUGCUUCAUCUGCUGCACUUCUUAAACACAACUGAUAGUUGCUGUAGUGUACCUGCUACAAUUAUUGUGGAGUGUUAGCAUUGGCAGUUAGUAUUUUUGUAUUUUGCCCGAAGCCUGACUCCAGAAGUCACUUGUCAGCACUUAGAAUUUGCAUUUUUGUGCAAUCCCUUUAAACUUCUGGUGGUUUACACAUUUUAAUUAUCUCCAUUGAAGAACAUUUCUUUGUAACAUAUUCGGCAACUUCAGGCGACCUGGCAAUUUUAUUCCAUCUUUUCUUUAUCUGGAUCUGAUCUAAGGUUCUCCUUUGUUUGGACUUGGAUGGAGAUCGAUCAAGGUACUUGGGGUACAAUGUGGUCUUUACCAAUAUAUGUAACUAUGUGUUGGCAAAUAGCUUGGAAAAUACAGGCAUUUUGUAUUGCAUUCUGCAUGAAACUGGAAGCACUUUUUUUAUUUGAGUGUGCAAUGUUAGGACAGUAGCCUUUCCAUGCUGUCUCGGUCAAUGACUUCUCUCUUCAAUUGAGUUUUCUGUUUCGCUCAUACAGCCUUCAUAUUACUUGUGGACUAGUUCUCCUUUGAGUUAGUCUCCUUGUGAGUACAUCAGAGGUUAAUUCUGGUUGUGUCUAACUCUGUGUUAAGCAAAUGUUUUGCUUGUAUUUAUUCUGCAUUGAUUUUCAUGAGAUGUACACAUUGUUUAGUUGUUCAGUGUUAUUUGUAAGUUUACUUUUGAUAACUUGUGUUAUAUUCUAUGCAUUCCAUAAAUUCGGAUAUGUGUAUGAAGAUCAUUUGGUUUGAAACUCAAAGUACUAAGACAACUUAAAU